AUGUUUGAACCGACAGUAAUUGAUGAAAGUUUAGUCAAUAAAAUGGUUGCAGAUGAUCGAACCAAAAGUGUUAUGUUUUCAUCACGAACAAGAAAUGUGGAAACAUAUAUUCAGUGGCUCGGUGGAGAACGAGCUGUCGAUGUUCCAGAUGAAUAUCUGUUAACAAAAUUUCAACCUAAACAUAUAAUGGAUGAUUUUUUUCAUCAUAUAAAAAGUACUACUGUAGAUAAUGAUGAACAAAAUAAAAAAUUAUCGUUAUCAUAUCAACAUCACUACAAAAAUAUAAAUGUCAACGCACAAUGUAUUGAAUUGUUACGAUUAAGAAAUUGUACCAAUAUAAUAAGUGAUUCACAAUCAACGAAUAAAAUGAACAGUGAACAAAACAAACAAUUUGAACGUGGUCUUACAAAUCCAUUACGUCGAACUAAUCAUCGUCGUUCACGUUUAUCAUUAGAUUUAAAUUUUGAACAAAUAAGUCAAGAACGAAUAAGAAAUAAUAGUAAUUUGUGUUUUGAAGACGAAGCCUAUUGUACAUCAAAACGUGUACAACAAAAAGAAGAAACAACUGUAUUAACAAGAAAAUCAAGUAGUGGAAAUAGUAGUAAACUAUCCAGUAUUGAAACACCAAUAUUAUCAUCUUCACCAAUUCCACAUAUCGAUACAGUUGAUGAUAUUUAUUCAAAAUUGGAUUUAGCACAAAGUAUAUUAUUAAUGGAAUCUGAUUGGCAUGAUAUAGCACGUAUGAGAGAAAUAGCACAAACCGGUACAUUUCAAAAUUCAUUGAAUCUAUUACCGAUGUUAACAAAAGAUCAAUCAAUUGAAAUGUUUCAUGAGAUUAACGAUGAUUUUAAAACAAUUGUCGAUGAUUUUGUAACAUUAAUUGAAGCAAAAUUAAAUGAAACAGAAACGAAAAUGUUUGAUGCAAACUUUAUUCGAUCGUCUUCACCAUCAUUAUUCGAUACAAUUAAUGAAUAUAAAAGUUGUCUAACGUUAUUUAAACGUAAAGAAUUUUAUAACUUAUUGAUAGCGUUUGAUCAAAUAUUAAAAAUGCGUUUACCUGCCGCAUUGCCUGACGAAGAGAUGUUAAAAGAAAAUAAUUUAAAUGAUGAUGAUGAACUAUUAAAAUUAUCACAAUAUGCAAUUGAUGAAUUGAAAAUUGUCAAAAUUGAAAAAGGUAUUGAACCAUUGGGUUUAACGAUUCGAUCAGAUAAUGGAAAAAUUCAUAUUGCUCGAAUUAUCUUCGGUGGUGCUGCAUACAAGUCAGCAUUAUUUCAAAUUAAUGAUGAAAUAUUAGAAGUAAAUGAUAAACCGGUAACAGGACGUCGUCUCAAUGAUGUAUGUACGUUACUUUCACAAUGUACGGGUAUGAUCAAGUUUCUUCUUGCACCUGAUAAACAACAUCAACAGCUAACAAAUACAAGUAAAAUUCGAACACACUCUGUUUCAACAUUAUCAUCUACCGGAUCUUCGUCACCAAAAACAUCUUUAAUUAAACCAUUAUUUAUUCGUGCCAUGUUUUCUUAUGAGCCGGUAGAUGAUCAGUUGUUACCAUGUAAAGAAUUAGGAUUGAGAUUUCAACGUGGAGAUAUUUUAAGAGUAGUUGGUCGAGAAGAUGACGAUUUUUGGCAAGCAUUUCGCGAAACAAAAUCAUCAAUGAAAUGUCUAGCUGGUUUAAUUCCAUCCGAUAAACUUCAACAAAAACGUGUAGCUUUACUUAAAUCAAUUGAAGAAGAUGAUGAAUUAUAUAGCGAUGAAGAAAAUGAAAAUCCAGGAAAAAAAUAUGGAAGACGACGACGAAAAAAAAAGACAAAAACAACAACUCCAUCUUGUAUGACAUGUGUUCGUGGUCAACGUCAUCGUAAUUCUAUUCAAAGAAAUCGACGUUCAAUAACUCAUUCAAUACAAUAUAAUAAUCGUUCAUAUUUACAUGAUAGUGGUAACAAUGAGAGAAUGGAUAAUGAUGAUAAACUUGAUGAUAUACCAACAAUUCAGCAUUCAACAAAUCAUUUUUCAUUAACUGACACAAGACAAUAUCAAUCAAGAUCUAAACAUUCUUUAUUAGAUGAAUUUAAUAUAACAGAACCAUCAAGUUAUCGAUUUUAUGAACCGGUAUUUCGUUAUGAUCCAAAAUCCUUAUUACAAUAUCAUCAUUCAACGGAAUCUAAUGAAACUCUCACGACAAGACCAAUCAUUUUAUUAGGUGCUCCAAAUGUUGGACGUCAUGAAUUACGUCGUCGUUUAUUGCAAACUGAACCAACUAUAUUCGAUGUUGCUAUUCCUCACACAACUCGACAAAAACGUUUAACUGAAUUUGAUCAUCAUGAUUAUCAUUUUAUUUCGAAACAAGAAUUUUUAGAUAAAAUCAAUGAAAAAGAAUUUGUUGAAUACGGAGAAUACGAACGACAUUUAUAUGGUACAACAAAAGAGUCAAUAAAAACAAUUAUUUAUCAAAAACGAAAAAUAUGUGUAUUAAAUUUAAAUCCGGAUGCUCUACAAACAUUUGAAAAAACGGAUAUAUUUCCGUAUGUUAUUUGUAUAGCGGCACCGAAUAUCGAUAAAUUAAAACGUUUAGAUUUAGAUCGUAAAGAACAUUUAACACACAAUGAUUAUUUAGAUAUUUUGAGACAAAGUCGUUCGAUUGAACGUCGACAUCAUAUGCUAUUUGAUUAUUUAAUUAUUAAUCAAGAUUUAGAUAAAACGUAUAUGGAAUUGAGACAACAUAUUUUGAGAAUACAAAAUGACACGCAACAAUGGAUUCGAGCGUGUUAUCGUUCAAGUAAUAGAACAUUGGUGACAACAUGCGGUGGACAAGAAAUAUGA